UUCUUCAUUCCUUUCUGGAGCUCCACAGCGCACACUGGCACUUAAGGGUUAGACCCAAACUUUUUUCUUUUCUCCUCAGGAUUUUGCAUUUCAGUCUGUGUUUCUGAUCUGCUUUCUGCGCUUUUUCACAUUUUGUAACAGCAAAUUUAGCUCUCAUCGUCACUUUUUGUUCUGUUUGUACAUCAACUUUGCGGUUUCUUGCCUUUUUCCCAUGUUAAAAUGGAAUAUGAGGAGCUCCCCAGAGAGAGGCUAUCAAGGAUUUGAGAAGUGCAUUUUGAUGCGUAAAACUUGGAAUCUAUUAAAUAAGUAAGAGGGAGAAGAACAGUAUCAGUGUUGGUAACAUGCUGUGAUUGUAGCUGCGACACAAGCAGCUGCCGUGACUGCAGAUGAAGAUGGACCCUCCGGCCCUGUGCGUCCUCCAGACCCUGCUGGUGCUAACGCUGUUGCCCCCCGUCGCUCCGGCCCCCUGCCCCCGUCCCUGCUCCUGCCCUCAGCCCACCGAGCUCCACUGCACCUUCCGCUCCCUCCCCACCAUCCCUGCUGCUGUACCCAGACAUGUGGAGCGCAUGAACCUGGGGUUCAACAGCAUUAAUAAGAUCACAGACAAAUCACUGGCUGGUCUGAGGAAGCUGGAGCUGCUGAUGGUGCACGGAAAUGACAUCCACGACCUGCCUGAUGGAGCAUUCAGGGACCUCACUUCACUUCAGAUGUUGAAGCUGAGCUACAACAAGCUGAAGGAGAUCAACAGACACACCCUCCAGGGUCUAUGGUCUUUGGCCAGGUUACAUCUGGAUCACAACCGACUGGAGUUCAUCCACCCGGACUCCUUCCAGGGCCUCACCUCCCUGCGGCUGCUGCAGCUCGAGGGCAACCAGCUUCAGCAGCUGCACCCGGCCACCUUCACCACCUUCACGCUCAUGGGCCACUUCCACGUCUCCACGCUGAAGCACCUCUACCUGUCAGACAACGGACUGACGUCUCUGCCCUCCAGGCUGGUGGCCACCAUGCCUCAGCUGGAGAACCUGUACCUCCAUGGGAACCCGUGGACCUGUGACUGCAACAUGAGGUGGUUCCAUGACUGGGACAAAACAUCUCCAGGUGUCUUGAAAUGUAAAAAGGAUCGAGCCCUUCCUGGUGGCCAGCUGUGUCCUAUGUGCUCUUCUCCCAGACAUCUCCAGCAAAAAGAAGUCCACGUUUUGGAGAACCUGGUGUGCAACGGCCCCAUCAUCAGCUCUCCUCACAGAACAGCACCACCUGAGAGUGUUGAGAGUGAGGUUUUGCCCAGAGAGGACUUCAAGGAACCUUUUGGCAACGUCUCCUUGGCCUUAUCUGAUGAACAUGGAAACCAGGUGGAUCUGGAGUGCAGUAUCGGUGAGCCAAGAGAGCUUAGCAAGAUCACCUGGGAGCAGGUCAGCCAACUCCAUUUGGCCUCCAACAUCACAUUGUCAGUGGAUCUUGAAUGUGCUGUUGAUAGGGAAAAAUAUGAGCAACUAUGGAGGCUAAUCGCAUACUACAGCAGCGUCCCAGCCCACUUACAAAGAGGAAUUAUGCUUAGCAAAGAUCCUCACCUGACCUAUGUGUACAGACAGGACUCUGAGAGGGACGCUCUCUACUACACCGGUGUAAAAGUGAACAUGAUGGCCCAACCAGCGUGGCUGAUGCGGACAUCUGUAGACAUUCAGCUGAACAGACUUCAGUCGUCAGCCAAGAUGGUAAAAUUGAUUCUGAGCACAGACUUCUCAGAGACAGUGGAGGCAGAGCUGGUGCAGAGGCAGAGGAGGACAUGGGUCAUGAUCGAGUCAACAAACACGACUCGUAAAGCGUUGAGUGCUAUCCUGGGGAAACCAAGCCAAAUGUACUGUAACGUGCACAGUUCUGGCCAACCGGUUAUACAGUGGAUGCUGCCAGACGGCUCCAAAGUGACUGUACCGUACAGCCGUCCAGACAACAGCAUGUCUGUGUCCAGUGAUGGAAGGCUGGUUAUUAAAGCUGUCAGCCACACAGAUGCAGGAAUUUACUACUGUAUCGCAAGGGUUCACGGAGACUUUGCUGUCUUGCCCUUCCAUCUGACGGUGCAGGAAUCCUCCAGUCCUCCCCCGGGAGAGGACACAUCAAUUGCACCUAUUGAGGGAUUUGCUGGCAACUCUGUUUCCCUGCCUUGUGUGGCAUCUGGCUCCCCUGAUGCUGAAAUUAUCUGGAUCCUACCCAGCAGUAACACAGUUAGUUUUCAAGCCAACUCUUCCAGAGCUUUGGUCUAUUCAAAUGGCACGCUACAUAUCCCACAGACUCAGUUAUUAGAUAGUGGCUAUUAUAAAUGCAUUGCUAUUAAUCAGCAUGGUGUGGAUACACUGGCUACUAAAAUCACUGUUGUCAGGCGGACAGGGCUCAUAAGGCCAUUGAGGAGGUUUCCAGCAAGACCUCAGUCAGCCUCAGGGGUCAACACACAGAUUAAAGUUCCCACAGAGGAUACAGAGGAGGCAUCAGGGGACAUAGAGAUGACUCAGGAAGUUCCUCCACUGAGUCGCCUGGAUCCUUUGAGAAGGAGAAUCCCGAUAGGUGUGGCCCCUGGCAGGAGGGGCAUGCAUCCAUCCAGGAACAUGUGGCGAAGGCCGCUGGUGCUUCGGAAACCUACAGGAUCACGUGUUGAAGACAGGAAGGUUACAGUUGACAACAGAAGGAGGAUUAAUAUGUCAAAAAGCAAAAUAGACCCAGAGAAGUGGGCCGAUAUUUUGGCUAAGAUUAGAGACAGAAAUACUCAGAAUACUGUGACACCACUCCCAGUUCAGCACACAACAGAGACUAAAGCGACACAGCAGACAACUCUGUCACAAGAAACUAUUGAAGGGUCAUCAGAUGGUAUGACUGUGCAGGAAAAAGGAGGCCGAGAUUACUAUACAACAGCACGUACUCCUGUACAGCAUACACAAAUCCAAGCUAUUAAACACACUACACAAGGGAAAGACACACAUGUGACGCCUAUGACUUCAAUCAGUCAGCACACACACAGCAUACAUGCCACAACAGAGCCCUACACAACACAGAACACAUACAGUGUACAGCACACAACCCAUAAUACAAACUUGGACUUGCACACAAGUUCAAACAGUGUGUUUUUCCUCCCACAGACCACAUCUGUUCCCCUACACGCUGUCACUUUCUGGCAGGCGAGUCCAAACAUUGCAGGCAGCGGCGGCACAUUUUCUCUACAAGAGAACCAUAGCACAAAGACAGAUGUUGACGGAGACAAAACAGCUGAUUGGUCCAAGGCAUUGGAGAGGAGUGAGAAUGCAGAUAGACCGAACAGCGCUGCCAGCUCAAAUAAUGAGAGGGAAACCUUUAUGAGGGGAAGUCAAAUUAUAUCUUCAGUCAGCCCAAAUGAAUCUGUCACAAGCCAAGAAGAAAAUGGAAAAUAUCUUAGUGAGACUACAACAGCUUCACAGUUGAACACUCAGUCGAAGGAAACAACACUUAAUGAAUUGCAGUCUGAAGCAAUGCUCACGACAGCAUCUCCCACAACUACACUUGUUCCCAGUACUGUGGGAGGGUCUGACAGGGAAUCCCGCCUCCGACAACCUAACUCCAGGAGAAGGAAUGGUGGUCGGAGGAGAAGACCAAACAGAAGGAAACAAAAGCUGAAUCAACUUAACCAGUUUACUGCCACCACACCUUCAAAUGCUCCCCUAGCAACAGUAAAGCCUACCGCCUCCACAGAGCAAAAAAUAAGACCAUCAGAAGUUACAAGAGUCGAUUUCAGCACCACUGUUCCGUUCCUUGGCAGCCAAGCAGCGUCGUCAGGCAGUCUGAGUCCUAAAGACAGCACAGUCUCCAGGCAUGACCAUGAGGCAGCCACCAAACCCAACUCACUACCAGCUUCUCCAUCCGAAACAAAGGACAGCCGUCUACCCCCUGCCAAACCACAACUCGAGAGCACAUCAGCGGCACCAUCAUUUCCAGCAGCCUCUCCAGGAGUGGGUCAUGGAAAGACGAGUUCUCAAACAGCCCUUUCAGAAAGUGCAUCUCCUCCAGAGCGCUUUGUCAUGCUCACAUCCACCAUGCAGCAGAGGUUUGGAGGUCUUCCACCUGUCAAACCUUCAGAAGAGACGCAUUUUGGAUCACAAUCUGACAAUGCUUUUGGUGGUUUACACAUUGUAACGCAAGUGCAAACAGAUGUUGAGGAGCAUCAAUCAGGCCAUCAAUACACACCUACUAAAAAAGAUGGAAAGAUGCCUUUGAACGAGUCUGGGAUAGAUUUCUCACCACUGCCAUCCAUAUCAGCUGCUUCUUUCCCUGAGAACACAAUCACGACAACUUCUGGAUACACUACUAGUGGAUUAAUUCUGAUUCCAAGCAUGCUGGAUUAUUCUGAGAUGGAAAAGAUUACAACAAAACCACCUACAAUACCUGAAAAAUUGUAUCAUGACUCCAGUCACAAUGAAACCACAAGCGGUGACUAUGAGGUAGAGGUUGAUGUUGAUGCUCUUGCCACAGAUGCCACAAAAACAACACCUCCCUCUGCUAUGUCAUCAAGUCCAGAUGUUUUAAUGCCAUCUAGAGUCUUGCCACAUUUCACACGACUUGGAACGUCUUCUACACAACCCAAAACGAACCCGUCACUAAGAGCCACCACCCAGGAGGCUCCCGGGAUUAUAGUCACCCACAGUCAAGACCAAGUAAAGCUCACCGCCAUCACAUCAGAGCCCAGGAGAACAGCCGACCUCCGUCCUGCAAUCCAGUCACCUGACCACAAACUAACCAGCCAAAAUCUAACUUUCCCAGCUACAGAACUGCAAAGCAGGUAUUUAGUCGAGCAGACACCCACCUCUGCCCCAACAGUCUCUACGUCUAAUCCAUCCAGAGACAGACUGCUAACAAGCACUCGGGAUGCAUCCAGGGAGCACCAGCUACCUGGACGAGAAUCUAUCCCAAGAGGGAAGCCAAGGAUAACUAAGAACAAUUUCCAGACUUUCACUGUGAAAGCUGAAACAGAUGCUCAGCUUCCCUGUGAGGCACAAGGCGAGCCAAUGCCCUUCCUCUCAUGGACUAACGUCGCUAGUGGGGCAAGUAUUGCUCAGAACACCAGGGUCGAGAGAUUUGAGGUCCACCCAAACGGUACACUAAUCAUCAGGAACACGCAGCUCAUGGAUGCGGGUCAGUACCUGUGCACAGUCCAGAACCAGUACGGCAUAGACAAGAUGGUGGUCAACCUUGUGGUCCUGUCUCAGCACCCUCGGGUCCUCCAGCAUCGGUACCGAGAUGUCACUGUGCAUCUUGGUGGCAAAGUCGAUCUGGAGUGCAAAGUUGAAGGACACCCUGUGCCCAGAGUUACAUGGGUGCUUCCUAACCUCGUCCACAUGGAUGCUGCUCUUGGUUUUCCCUCUCAGCAGCGUGUGGUUGUCAUGAACAACGGAACCCUUCGAAUCGGCCAGGCCAGUUAUACAGACAGAGGAAUUUACAAGUGCAUCGGCAGCAGUGCAGCUGGAGCUGACACUGUCUCGGUACGUCUUUACGUCUCUGCGUUGCCACCGGUGAUUCAGCAGACACUGCAUGAGAAUACCUCGCUUCCAGAAGGUGGCACCGCCUACAUCCACUGUACCGCCACGGGUGCCCCUCAGCCGGUCAUUCGCUGGAUCACACCUGAUGGCAUACAGCUCACUGCUUCCCAGUUAGUUACUGGACAGAACCUCGUCGUUUUUCCCAAUGGGACCCUCUACAUACGGGGAUUGGGCCCCAGAAAUGCUGGGAGAUAUGAGUGCUCAGCCAGUAACACGGUGGCAUCCAGUAGGAGAACUGUGAUCCUAAGCAUAAGGAGGAAUCCGUCUUCUGCCAAGGCCAGUAUCACGUCUUCGUCUCCCCAGAGAACAGAUGUGAUCUAUGGGAGUAAGCUGCUUCUCAACUGUGUGGCAACCGGAGAGCCAGAGCCCCGAAUCAUUUGGAGGACGCCCUCGAAGAAGCUGGUGGAUGCUCAGUACAGUUUUGACCCCAGGAUCAAGGUUUUCCCCAAUGGCUCGAUAACCGUUCAUUCUGUGACCGACAAGGAUAGCGGUGACUACCUGUGUGUGGCACGCAACAAGAUGGGUGACGACUACGUUCCACUUCGUGUCAAUGUGUUGACCAGACCAGCCAAGAUCGAACAGAAGCAGCAGCGGUCCAGGCAGGAGGUGGUGUACGGUGGGGACCUGAAGGUGGACUGUGUGGCUUCUGGGCUUCCCAACCCCGAGAUCAGCUGGGCACUGCCAGAUGGCACCAUGGUCAACCCUGUCAAACAGAGAAAUGGUAUCAGCAUGGGGCGCAGUCGCAGGUAUGUGGUAUUUGACAAUGGAACACUUUACUUCAAUGAUGUCGGCAUGCCAGAAGAAGGUGACUACACUUGUUACGCGGAGAACCAACUUGGCAAAGAUGAGAUGAAGGUCAGAAUAAAAGUAAAGGUUGCAACUUACCCACCACAAGUCCAAGGUAAAGACCAGCGGACCGUCAGGGUUUUCUAUGGUGAGACAGUAACACUCGGAUGUAACACCAAAGGCGAACCACUGCCUCUCAUCACAUGGAUUUCUCCUACAAAUAAAGUGAUCUCACCUGCAUUAGACAAAUACCAGAUUCUGGAUGAUGGGACACUGGUUGUUCAAAAGGCCCAACGUUUUGAUGGAGGUAACUACACUUGCAUGGCUAGGAACAGUGCAGGGCAAGACCAUAAAGUCACCAGGCUGGAGGUCUUAGUGACACCUCCAGUGAUCAAUGGCUUAAGAGGAACCACCAAUGCCAUCAAGGUGACCGCAGUCCAGGAUCAGCUAAAGCUGGUGGACUGCAUGGCAAAGGGAACCCCCACCCCUCGCAUCAUGUGGGUUCUUCCAGGAAAUGUAAUCCUUCCUGCACCUUACUACAGCAACAGGAUGGCAGUUCAUCUGAAUGGUACCUUGGAAAUCCGGUCACCCAAGACGACAGACUCAGGGCAACUGGCUUGUAUCGCUCGUAAUGAAGGAGGGGAAGUCAGGCUGGUGGUUAACUUGGAUGUGAAAGAGGUUGUCAAGAGGCCACAAAUUAGAGGUUCCAAAACAGAUAGCCUGUCACUGACUGUGGGGAAUGCCAUGACUUUGAAUUGCUCCUUAGAGGGCUCGACACUACCUCACAUCACUUGGAUCUUACCCAGCGGUACUCCUUUACGCAGCGGUGCUCGGUUCUCUAAGUUUUUCCACCGUCCUGAUGGCUCUUUGAUCAUCAGCAACCCUUCUAUUGCUGAGGUUGGUAUGUACCGCUGUCUGGGGCAUAAUUCUGGAGGGCUUGUGGAGCGUACAAUCACACUGUCCCCAGGGAGAAAGGCAGAGAUCAACAACAUAUACAACUCUCCUGUCAGCGUCAUGAAUGGGGAAACGCUGUUGCUUCACUGUCAAGCCAGUGGUGAACCCCUUAGACUAGCAUGGACUCUACCCAGUGGGGUUGUCCUCAACAGGCCACAGAGAGCUGGACGAUAUGCAAUACUACCCAAUGGGACCCUUGCCAUCCAUCAGGUAUCAGUGUAUGAUCGGGGGGGCUAUGUUUGCCGAGCUGCUAAUGAGUUCGGCAGCUCUCUUCUUUCUGUAUCGGUAAUUGUGAUUGCAUACCCACCUCGAAUUACGAGCGGUCCUCCCUCAGUGACUUACGCUAAACGUGGCGUUGCUGUUCAGUUAAACUGUGUAGCAACUGGGAUCCCUAAAGUGGAGGUGGCAUGGGAAACACCUGAUAAAGCCCGCUUGGCUGUUAGUGGGCAGCCACGCCUCUUUGGAAAUAGAUACAUCCAUCCACAAGGUUCCCUCAUCAUCCAGAAUCCGACACAAAAAGAUGCUGGCAUCUAUCGAUGCACAGCCAGGAAUGCCAUUGGCAUAGACUCUAAAGCUACAUUUCUCAAUGUGUUUUAAAGAAUUUCACUGUUCAUUAUGGUCCUUUGCCAUACUGUAUGCCCAAGCAACUGCCUGAUUAAAAGCAACUGAUGUUUUUAAUUUCAAAAUGUAGUAAAAAACUGCUGUCACAAAGGUGAAAUAAUGAGUUUAUUAAAACCUCCAGUUUUGCUUUGAGAGUGCGCUGUUUAAAGGCCAAUCUGAUGAUAUUUCGUGUGGCAGGGUUUACGAUUUUUUAUCAAUUUGUAUAUAAUUAAACAAAAAUAUCAACCAUUUUGCCAUUUGAGCAGUUAAAUUUUUUGGUUAGAGUUGCCAAAGAAUUGCUGAUCAUGUGCUGGAGGUCUCUGGCACCUCAUCACACUCGGUGAUGGCACUAGUAAAUAAUUGCACCAAAUGCCAUAAUAAAGCCAUAUUUAUAUAAUAUAUAUGGACACAUUUUUAAACGUCUUUAUCUUUGAAGUGACUCAGGGAAGUGGGACACAAAAAAUUAGUGUCUCUAUGUUCCUGCUAUUGUAGAAAAAUACCUGCAACCAAUCAAGUUACGCUUCUAUGCAUCACCUUAUGGAACUCUGUGACUUCUCUGUACAAAAAAUAGCCAACGAUGAUGUUGAUUUCAUUUUAGUGAAACUUAAACUAUCAAGAGAGUACUGGCCUCCCUUAGAACUGUGCAAUGCUUUAAACCUUUUGGCUUAAAAAUAUUGUUCAGAAAUUUAAAGGUUCCAGAGCUGAAACUACACUAUUGGGCAAUCAUUCCGAUUUUUUGGCAGGCUAAUGAGUGCAGCUGUUUAAACAUAUGUUGCUGCAGGAGCAAAAUGCAGUCAUUCAGAGUUCAUGUGUGAAUGUAUUUCUUUGUUUGUCAUGGUGCAUAGACCACGCCGAUUGUCACACAGACCCCACAUUUCAGCACAUAGGUCACACCCAUUUAGCAACCAGUUACAAGAUGCCAUAUAACAAAGGAUAUAUGGAGUGGAGAGGUAGACAGCCAUCCAAGUUUGUAAUUUAGCAACAAUUUAGCAAUCUAAGGAAGCUUUAGAGGUGUUACAAAAUGCUGGAAAAUAUGUACAGGAAAAAUGGGUAUGGCCUACAUGGUAGGGCCGAGGACUCGAGUGAAAAAAUAAACCAAAACAGUUUCCUUGUAUGCCUCACAAUUUGAGAAUUAGGACCAAAAAUGUCAAAUUCAUUCAUUCAUUCAUUCAUUCAGCCUUUAUUUAAACUCAGUGUCCAUUCAGGUAUGACUUUUCAAAGCAGUCUUUAAGAGAGCUGGAGGUUUAUUAAAAAAAACAAAAAAAAAAAAAAAUGCGUCAAGCUUUCAAUUGUUCUGCAGGUUUUUCCAGGCUGCAGAAGAAGAGUGAAUGAAACUGAAUUUUCCAUAAACAUCCGGCAGCAUGAUUCAAUGUUUUGUUCGGUCAGCGCCCACAUUAAAACCACCAGCCACAUGAUGGUGCUAUUUAUACCAAAAAGUACACAUUUCCUAAUUGAUGACAGUUCAAUUUAAAUUUAAAUGGUGUUCUGUAGCUUUAUUAUAGCAUCCUGCUAACAGCUAAAGUGCAUCACCUGUGUACUGUAACCCUAAUAAUUUCACAAUUUUCAUAUUCCUCAGCAUCUUUGCCUCUCCGUUGUAUACAUGUCUUUGCUUUGAUGACAGUUUUUGUCAAGCAAUUAAACAAACUGCAUAACUUCUCAUUUUCUAACUAGGAAAUGUUCUUUAACUUAAUAGCAAAAUUGAUGGAAAGUAUGUAUAAUGUUGCUAAGAUUUCCUUUGGAUGAUUUUCUCUUCUUUUUAUACUCCUAAUUGGAUCUGUUGGUAUCAUUUGCCUUUCAUAAAAGUCCAUAUUUUCUGUGUGUUUCCAUAACAAGAGUCAGAUGUUUCUGUAAUUGAAUAUUUCUUACUCACAGCAGCAUGUGGCUCCUUUAAAUCUGCUCCUACAAAGAGCUGACACAGGUCCUCAUUUGUAAGUUAUUUGUCUUUGACAGACUGUGAUGCAUAAUAAUUUUCCAUAUUUUAAUAAAAGAUUUCCUCCUGUUUCUAA